AUGGACGACAAUGUCGAAAUACCAGAAGAAUCCAUGCGACAUAUCGAGGCCCUGCUCGCAAGGCACCCUCCGCAUUUGAUUCAACGAAUGUUUUCACAGGCCCUAGACUCACUGCCUGCUGCCAUGUCUUCGGACACGGACAGUCCGCUCGAUCUCAAGAUUGAGCCAAGCAGCACACCAACAGACAAUCUCAGUGUCGCCUCUCCCGUCUUGUUUGCCGACGAUGACAAGUCGCAAAGCCAAACGGGCGAAUCCUACAUGUUCUGCACCUAUUGUGCCGAGCAAAAGAACCAAAAGACGUUCAAGGCAAAGUCCGAUUGGAAGAAGCAUGAAAUGAGAAUGCAUGAAACGGGCGAAGAUUGGCCGUGCAUUGUCAACGGCUGCAACCGUAUUUUUGAUCGGCAAAAGGACUUUAUCAAGCACCAUCAGCGCUAUCACACCGGCCGACCCUUGCCAUCGUUGACCGACAUUGGCAUCACCCUCCUGCCUCGACGGGUCUUUGGCUGCGGUUUCGACAAAUGCAAAGAGGUUAGCAUCGGCUGGGACGAGCGAUGCGACCAUGUGGCAAAACACAUGAAGAACGGCGCGACAAUCGACCAGUGGAAGUACUCCAACGUCAUUCGGAACUUAAUUCGGCAAGAAGCUCUCUACGAUACUUGGAAGGAAUUGAUCUCCUGUUUGGACGAAAGGCUCCGAGAAAGCCGCUCACAGAUCAGCUGGUGUCCUGACAACACGCGGAUCCUCCGUCAGAAGCUUCAAUGCUGCGAUCUCCGACCAAGCAGAGAAGAGGUUCUCAUCACCGCCUUGAGCCUACGUUCUGACAUGCAACUAGACCCCGUCGACCAACAACUACCCCCAGGUUUUGUCACACCAUCCAGGGACUCUGUCCCAAAUGUCGAAAAGUUGUCGCGGGAACAGCGAAUGCAUGUUCUCAUUGGGAACUCUGAUCCGCACGUUGCACGGGCUCGCCUUGCAACUGUAAAUGCGGCAUUGGUCCGCGCCGUUAACUCCUUAUCGCAUUUGCCCAAUUACGAUUGCGCAUCUUCGCCAUUUAUGGAGCCACAGUCGCCUGCUCGCGACACCACAAACCACCGUAUCAGCUACAUGGAUGUGGAUCCAGGAGAUUACCUUGAUGUAGCGCAACCGGCUAUACCCGAUCUCCCACCGGUUAUGACUACGGCCGCAAUGCACACAUCAAAUACACACACCCAAAUCAUGGAUCACACGCAGCAAGCUCAAAUGUACCCUAACGAGUACAUUGAUCAGGCCAAGGCUCCGCCUAACCCAUUAGAGGCAUUGUACCCGAAUUAUUUCGGCGGUGCACCUCAAUUCGAAGAAUCACAAUACUAUGACCGCCCGUCAUUUGGUCAGCUGAUCACAAAACCCCUUCAUAAGAUUGGUAAUCGACUCGGCGCGUCUAGGAGUAGUUCCACUCAUUCUAGGCCGUCAUCGAGUAUGAGCCAAACCAUGACAGACUUGAAUGCGGAUUAUCCUGUUGCAGUAAUGGGCAUGCGACACACACCUGAGCCGCAGCAACAACAACAGUCUCUUCACCAAAUGCAACACCAACAACAUAUCCAACAUCAACAGCAUCUCAUGCACCACCAGCAACAAUCAUUUCGUCAUUUGACACCCCAAAUGCAUGACCAAUUGCACAUGUAUGCGACGCAGAAUUAG